GCCAGCCCCGGAGGCGGCCCCGCAGCGCCGCAGCCGCGCGUUCCCCGGGCCCGAGCAGCCGCCGCAGCCGCCGCAGGCGCGAGGAGCCCGGCGCCCCGGGCCGCAGCCCGGCGUAGGCAUGCAGGCGAGGCGCCUGGCCAAGCGCCCCAGCCUGGGCAGCCGCCGCGGGGGCGCUGCGCCCGCUCCCGCCUCCGAGGCCGCCGCGCUGGGGCUCCCGCCCCCCGGCCCCAGCCCCGCUGCCGCCGCCGCACCGGGAAGCUGGAGGCCGCCGCUCCCGCCGCCGCGCGGGACCGGUCCCUCGCGCGCCGCCGCCGCCGCCUCGUCGCCGGUCCUGCUGCUGCUGGGCGAGGAGGACGAGGACGAGGAGGGCGCGGGCCGGAGGCGCAGGGCGCGCGGGCGGCUGGCCGAGAAGCCCCGAGGGGCCGCGGAGGAGGACGACGACGACGAGGAAGAGGACGAAGAGGUGGUCGUCGAGGUGGUGGACGGCGACGAGGACGACGAGGACGCGGAGGAGCGCUUCGGGCCCCUCGGACCCGGCCGUGCGCUUCCCAAGGGCCCGGCCCGGGGAGCGGCGAAGGUGGGGAGUUUUAAGAGAGAAAUGACCUUCACAUUUCAACCAGAGGACUUACGACGCGAGUCCAACAAGAAGACUUCUCACCACUUGUUCCCACUGGCCAUGGAGGAAGACGUGAAAGCAGCCGACACCAAAAAAGCCAACCGGAUCCUUGACCAAGAAAAAGAAAACACUCGAUCCAUUUGUCUCCUUGAGCAGAAGCGGAAAGUGGUUUCCUCUAAUAUCGACGUCCCUCCUGCAAGAAAGUCUUCAGAGGAACUGGACAUGGACAAGGUGACCGCAGCCAUGGUACUAACCAGCUUGUCAACUAGCCCUUUGGUCCGAAGUCCUCCAGUGCGGCCCAAUGAGGGCCUCAGCGGGUCCUGGAAGGAGGGCGCACCCUCCAGCAGCAGCAGCAGCGGCUAUUGGAGCUGGAGUGCUCCCAGCGACCAGUCCAACCCGUCCACGCCCUCGCCGCCAUUGUCCACUGACAGCUUCAAGCCCUUCCGUAGCCCCGCGCCACCUGACGAUGGCAUUGAUGAGGCUGAGGCCAGCAACCUGCUCUUCGACGAGCCCAUUCCCAGGAAGAGAAAGAACUCCAUGAAGGUGAUGUUCAAAUGCCUUUGGAAAAACUGUGGCAAGGUGCUGAACACGGCAGCAGGCAUCCAGAAGCACAUCCGGGCCAUCCACCUCGGGCGAGUUGGGGAAUCCGACUACAGUGAUGGAGAGGAGGACUUCUACUACACUGAGAUCAAGCUCAACACGGACUCCAUGUCUGAGGGCCUGGCCCCGGUUUCGCCCUCGCAGUCCCUGACCUCACCUCCCACGUUUCCUGUCCCAGACUGCAGCCGAACAGAAGCGCCUUGUGCCAAAACAGACCCCAAGCCGAUGACGCCGCUGAGCCGCUCAGCCCCCACCACCCUCUACCUCGUGCACACGGACCAUGCUUACCAGGCCACGCCCCCAGUGACUAUUCCGGGGUCUAAGUUCACCCCCAACGGCAACAGUUUCAGCAUUUCCUGGCAGUCUCCUCCGGUUACGUUCACCGGCAUUCCCGUGUCUCCAACACAUCACCACCCAGUGGGCUCAGGAGAGCAGCGACAGCACGCUCACACGGUCCUGUCCUCCCCGCCCAGAGGGACAGUCAGCCUAAGGAAGCCCAGAGGUGAAGGCAAAAAGUGCCGCAAAGUUUAUGGGAUGGAAAACCGGGACAUGUGGUGCACCGCCUGCCGCUGGAAGAAGGCGUGCCAGCGCUUCAUCGACUGAGCCAUCCCUGCCCCACUCUCACGACGGGUGGUGAGAAAGCCUCUCCUUCCAAAGGAAGCCAUUCAAGGCCCAGGGAAAGCCUUUCCUGGAAUUCUGGGAAUAUAAUUCCAUGGUGGAAUUAAAGCAAAAAAAAAAAAAUAUCAGCACCUGCACUGCUCUGAGAGCCCAGACAAGAGCAGCAAAAGUGACUUUUUCCUUCAAAAGAAAAGUAACUUUGCUUACUCUCCGUCUGGUCUUAAAACUGGACUUCUGUAGCAACCUAACCAACCAGGCCAUUUUACCUAGAAAGAUUUUGAUAAGCUUUCUGAAUUAUGGUAUUUUCAAGGGGUUUUCACACGUAAACAGUACAUUCAUAAGCUACACAAUAUUAGCUAGUAUUUGUACAAAGGAUAACCCACCUUGUGAAUAGCCGUCUCCCUGUUUUCCAGCCAGCUGCUUGGAGCAGUCUGGAUCAUGAUGUAUUUGAAGAAAGAGCUGCAGUCUGGCUGUCUUCUUCUGUGUCUGUUUUGUUUUCACAAAGGACCCAAGGAGAAACCUUGUAAAGAUGGUAGCUUGGAGCCCCAGGUAGCUUGAGGCCAAAAGUGACUGGCAGUGGGAAUCACAGGCAGACUUCAGCUGCAGGCUGAGGCCACGAGCCACUUCAGAAAGCAUCUGGGAGUCGUCCUUGGCCCCCAAGUGGUGGUCCACCUACUUCUCUGCCUGGCACAGCUCAGGUGAGAGCUGGCACCGGGGCCAUCUGGUAAGCCUCGACGCUUCUUUCAGGAAUGUCACAGGAACUGCAGCUGGGGCAGUGCCUGGCUUUGUCUGGUCAAUCUGUGGCCAGGACCGUGGGCUGUCAUCCUGCUCUCCAAACACUGCCAAGUGGAAAUCUCCAGACUGCCUCACAGCUGUGCUCCAGGCAGAGGGUGGCUGUCGUGCCCCCGUCUGUGAGAGAGUUCCACCAGGGCAGCAGAUCCACCUCCCUUCUGAGUGCACUUUUAUCCAUGGCAUGCUCCACAUGUCGUAGGGUGAGUUAGUGGACAGAGUGGCAUAUAUGGAUAACAGAUAGAAACCUUUCGUUUCUUACAAAAAUAUUAGAGAGAUGAAUUAAGAAUUUGCUCAGAAACUAACUUAGGGGAUGCCCAAAGGGAAAUGCAUCUUGGUAUAGGACUCUCCCCAUCUAAUAGGGCCAGGGCUUGCACUGGAAUGCCUAUGGAAUGUCUAAAUCAGUGGAUUUGCAUGUUUGAGGGCUGGAGCGUGGUAGGCAGCCACCAAGCCUCGUCAGAACACUUCUGCCCUGCUUAAAGAACUGGAUGUCCUGUACCUAUGCAAAGUAAGAGUAAGAGCACCUUAGAGGAGGCACUGGGGUUGGGGGCGUGGUGUCAGCCAUACGAAUGUUAAGUGAAAUUGCACAGAGAAAAGCUUAAUAUAUGUUUAAAGAUUGUACAUAGCGCUUUUUUACAGAGUGGGACGAAGUCAUCUAGCAAUCAGAGACCCCUUUUAUGUUAGGGUCAUAUGGAGGUUCUGCAGCGCAACACCCUGAAUUUCUGCCUUCAUGUAUUUUGGCAAUCUUAUUUUUUAAAUUCAUGUGACUUUUUACAAGAUUAUUUCUUGAAAGAGAUCCUGAUCUGUUUCUUCAGGUAUUUAAAAGAAAAAAAAUUAUUUCAAGAGACAAGAAAAUGUGCUCUAUCUGAUUCCCCAUAGGCUGAUAGUCGACAUCAGGGCACUGGCUCUCCUGGGUGUUUUGACGGUAACCAGGAAACAACAUUUUUUUUAAACACAGAGCUGAGGUGUUCCCCACUCUCCCUCCCCCCGGGUAUGUCCUCUCUCCUAUCUCCAGUAGUCUCUGCUGUGAAGUGAUGUCCUAGCUGGUCCAAGAAGUCCUGAGCCACACACAGAUUGUCAUGGCCAGCUGUCUGAUCAAGCUCACUAUGUGCUUAAAUAAUAGAUGGACCCUAGGCCAGAGGUUUUUCUCCUCAGCAAAGUUUCCUGGAAUUUAUUUUAUCUCAGAUGAAGACUUUAAUCAAAAUACUGCAAUGAUGUGAAGUCAAAUCCAUCUUCUCCUGAAGGACUUCGGGGUGAAGGAAUGCGCUAUGCAUGAGAACAAUCCUUAAGCAAGGCGUCGUGGCCGUCUCCCCCAGACACAGCCCAAGGGUAGUUCUGCAUAACUGCACAUUGUCAGCGGAGCCUGGGUCCCUCCUGUCCUCUGCAGCCUUCAUCACACCAGCUCUUCUGCAUGGCCAGCCCUCAUCGGGCUUCCAGGUGCAGACAAGUCCUAAGGCCAGUUCUGAACACACAUGCUGCCCGUUCCCAGUGUGGAAGGGUGCAAUCUCCAGGGAACCAGAAAGCUCUGGAUUGCAACAUACAGUUGCUGAUUAUAUGAGUUACAUUUUGUUAUGAGUUACAUUUUUUUAAGUAGUUAUUUUGUUAUUUGGGGAACCAAAUGAAGUGCCAAAUGAAGCCUGACUUUUCAUCUGAUGCCAUCUCCAUGAAGCUAAGUUCUUUUUGUGUCUGCAUUUUGUGGAGAAGCAAAGAGAGAAUGGAUGAGAAGACGUAUCCCAGGCGAGCUGGCUGCUAGCCUACAGCUGUGUGCAUCCCCAGGGCUAACAGCCCUGUCUACAAAGGAAGGGUGCGCGCACUGAAUUCCUGUCCAGUGGAAAUGUCUGAUUCUUUUUCUUCCAUGAUGUCCCUUUCUCCAAAACAGGUUUCUCAUUUCUCCCUGAGAACGUAUUUCAGUGACUGACAGCACAUUCUCUAGCCAGGCAAAGCAAGCGCAAUGGACGCGACAGGCAAUAGUUUCCAGCCUCAGCCUUCCUGGAGGAUGAACACUUUGUGUAUGGAAGUCAGCAAGACAACAUGGAGAAAACCCCCAGGGUAGCAAGUAUGUCCAGGAGGCAGUGCAGGAGACCUGAGCCCUCCUGCCUCCAGCUCAUCUUGGGGCUAAGCAGCCAGGGAUCCUCCAUGUCUGUUGCAACUGUCUGAAACAGGACAGGAGCUGCUUUGUCGAGGCUUACCCUUCUGCCAUCUUUUGUCCGGAAGUUUCUCUGUGGAGUGAGAAAAGCCAGCGUCAGGAAGAAAGCAAUGGGUUUCGGAAGCAGAGUGGGCUUUAGAGUGACUCUUGACAGCUCCAUGGCCAAGAGGUUUCCUUAGGAGAUGAUCCCUUGCCUCCUGUGACCAAGCUCCAAAUGAGCAUUAUCAGUAAAGAAUAGCACUCUCUUCAGAGAUGGUCACAUGUAUGUUGCAAAAAAAUUCUGAAAUUGAAUUGUUCCCCAUUGCAAUUCAAGAUGUCAGAAGUUGAAGUCUGUCAUCUCUGGGCUCCUAGUGAGCCAACCUUGCAAGAGUCCAUUUCAUCUCUCACUUCAACUGUACUACAUGACAAGGGUGGCCCUCACUGGAGUAGGUUUGAGAACGAGGUGAGGACUGUAUCUGCGCAGGAGAAUACAUCGAGCUUAGCAGCAGAAUACUGUAACACUGCUCAUUUCCUCAGGGAAGCAGGAAGGAUGUGCGAAGACAGAUCUGGAGAACCCCAGGACUAGGAGGAAUUGUAUGGUCUCAAGUCGUUUCUUGUCAGAACAAGUUGAUUUUUUUUUUCAUGUGAACUCAGUAUCAUUUCAAGACAAAUCCAUGCCAACUGGACAGUGUCAGCUUCCGUGAGGUGUGGCAGAUGCACCCACUGUCUUUUUGUAGCCGACCUAAAGCUGACUGGUGUUUGAGCCCGGGUAUUCGUAGACACGGUGAGGCUUUCCCUGAAUGUGAUUGUGAACAAGGAGCCUCGCUGUUCCCUGUUGUAAUCUCCUGGUUUGGGCAGUUAUUGAUCAGCUCUGCACAGCGUUCCCUAGGUGAAAGAGUGCUGUUGGAGACCCGGGCUUCGCUCUAGUGCCAUGUUGAGGAGCUCACUGCUGUGGACAAGGUGCUGCUCUUUCUCACAUCCUGUGGGAUUCCCACCACCCAUGUCAUCUGUAGCAUUGACCUGUGUCAGUAGAUACAAAUGGGCGACACAGCAGGUAGUAUGGAGGCGCGGGUCUUACGGUGUGGGGCAUGCAAGCAUAUGAGUCAACUGGAAAGUUUAUUUCUGGAAGAAACCCACCAGCAGCACACAGGCUCCCCUGUCCUCCUACCUAUGGGGAUUUCUCCAUGUUGCAACCAUUUCAUCCUGUCUUUUCUGCAUUGUAGAAAUUUAGCCAAAUGGAAAGUUAGUAAAUUCAAUAAGGUUAGCACUUUUAGGUACCAAUUGUCCUGAGUAACGCACACCAACACAGAGCAAGGAAGUACGUAAUGUACUCGCGACUGACUUGCUUCUGCUGACUGACAUUGGAAAGGUCUAUUUCCAGUGAUACACAUGCUUUAAAGAGUGUACCUGCCACAGGACGAGCAAUCAAAGUGAGAGCUUCGUCUCCUGUCCUGUUUUGUAAAUAGCUCCUUGUUUUCCGAAGACAAUCUCGUGUUUUAUAACUUUUGUUGUGUGGGUCUGAGGAUCACAAUUGUAAUGUGUGAUAUAAUCUUAAGUACAAUAAUAAUUACAACUUAAAUUUCCAAAUGAAAGAAAUAUACUGCUUCAGCAUCUACAAGAGACAUGUCACUUUUAUAAUGAGCGUUAGUACUUCUCAAGUUUAUCAGAACUGGAAAUAUUUUACAAGAUACAGUGUUUUAUAAUGACAGAGAACAUGAACACUUUGUGGGAAAUGACCUUGGUUUUAUACAUUGUAGCUUAUUUUUAAAAAAUGCAGUAUUUUAACUGACAGGAAGUGUUGAUAUGGUACACAGUUCCUGUUCACCAAUCCAAGGGCUAUGCCUCUUUUAAGCAAGUGUUUUGAUGCGUACUUUUUAAACCCUCUGAGCAAGGGUCGGAAUGCAGAACAGACAGAAAGGUUAUUUGCAAGAGAAUCGAUGUAGCAGCAACUUCCCCUUAUCAGGACCAGUGUGUUUUCAGAGCAUGGGGGGGAGGGUCAUGUGAAGAUUCACGUUUGAUAUAUUAAACAUAAGAGGAGAUGCUCACAGAUAGACUCCUAGGCUAUGGAAAAAGUAUCCCUCUAGUGUAAAUGAAUUGUGUUGAGUUCUCCUGUUGGUCUAUUGGAGCUACAUGCCUGCAUUUAAUGAACAAGUAUCAUUUGGUGGGAAUGGCUAGACUCAUAGGAUACACACCCAAAGAACUUGUAACCAGUCAGCGUUUGAGACGAUUUUAUUCUCAGCACCGACUGAAUAAUUUCCUCAUCAGAAUAACUGCUUUGUUUGACUUUUGUUUUUCACGAUGAAAACCUCCCAGGCACACAAGGUUGUGAGCAGAAGGUGGCAGUAUUCCCAUGGGACAUAAGAACCACGCAGGGACCUACACAGAGAGUUGGGAUCUAAGCUGCCCCACGUCCUCAAGCCCAUGCACUGGUAAAGAAGGCAUCUUUUCCUUCCAAGUGGUCAGUGAUCGUAAAGCUAGUUUGGUUUUGCUAAGUUUGCAGACACAGCAGGACAGCCGAGCACUUGUUGGGUAACUCAGCGAGUGGUCAGAAGGCCAGCCAGGCCAUAGUUCCGCAUAAGGGUUAGAUCUGUUCCGUGAGGAUAAUAAAUGCACAGCAUGAGGCAGCCCCAUGCAGCUCGGCACCCGGUCUGUCCUGGCACCACCAGGAGCACGAGAGUGCCCAGCAGUGUUCACUACUACGUUGUUUUGCACUGUGUGCGUCUCAUUCCACCUGCGAAUGGAAGCGUCUGUACAGAGGCUGCUUUAGGAUGCCUGGACAAGUCCUGUAGACGGUCAGUGCACACUAGGGACUGGUGGAAAUGGUGUUAGGCUAGGCAGCUGACAUCUUCUGAGAAGGAACACCCAUACUGAGCCCCACUGAGCUUCUGACUAUCAGAACCCACAGACAUCAGGCCAGGUUGCUAGAUCCCAGCUGGAGACAGUUCAGUGUUGACCACCAACACACAUUCUUGGCCAGUACUAGAGACCAAAGAAAAGCUGCGUGAGGACAGAGGGGUCUUGUGCCACAGUUUGAGCUCUGGAAGUCAGUCCCACAUUCCUUGGCUGACAGGCCCCGUUCCUCCCCGAGCACCACAGAAUGGACAUGCGGGCACAGUCUGAGCAAUAUCCCGAGAGAUUAUUCUCAUGGGCGGCAACAUAGUCACGUCGUAUUCUUAGUCAGCCUUGCCACAAUCAGGACGUACUAAGUCGUUUCCCAGCUCUGCUGAGAGCUGCCUCCUGCCACAUCCAGGCCACACCCCAAAGUACUAAGUAGCUGUGAUCCUGACUCUUACUGUGUCUGCUACCGUGACCACUGUGAUGAAGGGCUGGCGAGACGAAACGGAAAGCAGUCUUGUGCCUUUGUAGAAGACCGCCAGGUGCCCCUCAAGUUUGAAGGUGACACAUGGCGCCUCUUAUGCCAAAGCCCUCUGCCCUCUCCAUGCUUCCCAGGCCACUCUUACCCUUGUUCAGCUCUGAUCCGUCAAGGUCCUUCCGCACUAAUAGGCAUUGGGUGUUUGGGGUGCCCGUUCCCUUAAAAGGAAGCUUUUCCACAUAGAAAACCAUCACAUCUUUGACGACAAAAUCAAAAUGAGAAUAACUUUGUUGUGUGGGGGUGGGGGCUGGGCAGAUUUUCACCAGAGCCACUACAUUAUUUUUAAGUCUAUCUUAUAUUGAAGUCCAGAUGUUAUUGGGACAGUCCUUAUGGUAAAACGUGUCUCAUUCAGACAUUAUUUCCUUUGAUCUUCAUAAGAACCUAGUGUAGAAAACUAAGGUCACUCCCCCAAUCCAUGGCAGUCCAGAGUAGUCUCGAACCCAGUGAGUCGGCACCAUCGUUACCUGCAAAGAGGGAAGAAGGGACUGGCUUGGCUGUGGUCCAGCGUGACUCAAGAGGCUGCCAUGUUCUCCAUGCAGAAGUAAAGAGCACACUCACUUGUGUUACUAAAUGCAAAUGUAGUCACCCCCAAGUGUACCCCUUACUACAGCUACCGUGCUGGUCACCAAGGAAUUUAUUAGCUAAAGCAAUAUUCUAAAUAAAAAAUUUUGACUCCUUGGGGGAAAAAUACUUUGCUGCUGGCUUCUAGCUUUUCAUACUCCUUGCGUUUACAUUUGAAUGCACGUUAAACAGUGCAGGCAAAGUUUGGGGUUGUAUCUACUGGGAUGAGUAAAAGGCUGUCCAGGGUAUGAAUGUCCUUCAUCCAAGGCUCUGUGUGCCAGGCUGAGUUGGAACAUCCCCAGUUCAGAGUAAAGUUCACAAGGACUUUUGUCAGAGGACUAGAAGGAGCGCCCAGAAACCUGUAUUGACCUGUUACCUAGUUCAUUAGCAGGGUCACUUAUUAUUAUUAUUAACGAUGCCGUACUGUUGUAAGUAAUUCAGUGCUUGGAGGCGGAAUGGUUUAGCCCUUUCCUACGUGGUGGAAAGACAGCUCGUGGUAUAGCUUUGCACUGAUGUCGCUGGCACACAUAGUAAUCGUGAACAAGAGAGCAAAUAACUAGACUUUGAGGUAAGGUUCAGAAUUAAAUAGUAGUCCUCUUUUUAGUAUUCUUCCUCUAUGGUAUUAUCCAUAGACUUGUGAGCAUUCGAAGACAGCACCCCUCAUGCUGCAAUACCACCAGAAAGUCAUCCUGGGGGCUGACUGUUAGACUUCCUUUUUAGGAUCAAUUCCCCCAAAAUUUAAUUAAAAAAAUAGCCAGAGUGGAACAUGGCAACCCCUGAAAAAGGCAAGCGAGCUAUCAUUAAAGACAGAAACAGUUGGGGAAACCAAGGUGCCUCCCAUUUCUGUCUGCAUUGACUGUCCCUAGCUGAAGAAGAAACCAGCAUCCCAAAGAAGACGGAACUUGGCGACUCUGGGAGAAGUCCCCGGCUAAUUGCCAUUUUCAGCCACCUGGCAGCAGUAUGCAGCUUGUCUGGUGGACACUUUUUUAGUCCUUUUUUAAGGUCCUCAUCUCCCCAACCCAGAGGACUGAGAGUUGUCUUGGUUCAUUUCCAAAGCCAGGGAUGAGCCAUUCUUCACUGGUUGCUUUCUGGCUGUUCCUCUGAAGUCUCCCAGGGCAUGGAUGCUUACCCCUGUCUUGCUCAUCUUGCUCAGCAGAGGCUACCGCCAUCCUUCAAGGAAAGUGCCGGUCCCUGUCUGAACAGGUCUGUCUCCCUCAGCACCAUCCUAACACACUGAGUACAGAAGAUCCAUUUCAGAUCUCUGAGAGAAGUCCCUGGCCCUGCCUCCCCUGUGGCUUAGGGCUCUCCUUACAGCCAUUGCACAGAGGUGAGAGCUGGCUGGGCAAAGGGUGCUGACGUCUGUGUCUGCAUUAGAAGGGAGGCCUAGGAUAAAAACCUUCCAGGCUCUGGCUUCUGCCUGAGGAUAGGAGUACAGGGAUGGAAUUGGCCUUCCCUGUGUGAUGGCGGGGUGCCUUUGGGAUAGAAUUGUUUCUGUUUUGUGUCUGGAAAGCAAAAACUACUUCAAUCUGUUCACCUUGUUAAACAUUCAUCUCUUACCACCCCUUAUUUCAGGCAUAGGUAACAAGACAGAAAUGGAAAAGGGCGCCCUAAGGGCUUUUGGCUGUUCUUGAGUUUGAGUUACCCUCGGGGAAUCCAUCCCCAAACUGACAGAUGAUAGUCAGUGGCUGUGACAUGGCAAGAUCAACCCCAGUGUCCUGACUGGAGAAAGCUCCAAUAAAAUCCAAAGGUUGCAGAAAGCACAUGGUACCUCCCAGUGCGCACAGCUCCUAUGGCAACUAAAAAUACCCUGGGUGUAAACAUGAGUCAGGCCUGUGGAUCGGACAGUAUAAACAAGCCAUUACUCCAUGUUUCCCUACGGUGUGCCCUAAAAGUCCUGUCUUUGUAAUUAAUGGCUGGACUGUGGUCAGCCACUCAAACACUCUAUGGAUCAGCUCGUAUGCCCUAGUGUAAGUUUCCAGAAUACUUCAUAGCAAAGUCCCAUAUGCAUGGAAGAACUCAGGGUAAGAAAACACGCACUAGGCCCCAAAGGGUUCAAGGUUAUCAUCAAAAGCAAAUGUCAAGCGGCCUGUGGUCAUUGUUUGCACAGGAGGGGCUGGAGGGGGGACUAUUAGCUGCAGGUCCUCCAUUGCCCUUAGUGGUGGGAUUUACACGCAAACUCCGAUGUUAAAGGUGAGCCACCUUUGAAAUUGUUUUCUACACCAAAAUAUCUGGGGAAAAAGUUACCGAAUAUUUAAAGUGGGGUAGUUAGGGGAAAUGCUGUCUCAUAACAGAAGCCAAACUGAAGUGGAGGGAGUGGCCUCUGGGACACUGGGGUGGCAGCUAUGAGCACGGACAGGCACUGACCAAAGGUGUCACGGCAGUGCUAUCCAGCAUACAUAGAGGUCUUUCGAGGUACAAUCUUGCCAUCAUUCAGGGGUAAGUACUUCCUUACAAAGUCUUUAAUAAUGAGUGAAUGUAUAAAAUUAUAAACUAUGCAUUUUCAAAGAGAAACAUGUAUUUUAUAUCAAAUCCAAGAACUUUUUUUUCAUAGAAACUUAUCACAACUACAGAUUAUUCAAAAUAAAUGAGAAUACAAAUCUUCAUAAGGGUGUGGGGUGCCUUUGUUUUCUUGUCCGAUGGUUUCAAAGACAGUGCAUCCAGACUUUCAUCUGAGCUCCGGACUCAGAAAGAGCAAAAAACAAACUCUAGCCAGUACAGGGGCUGAGGAUACACUGCCCAUGUGGCAUUCACAGACUGUGCCGAGUCCUUAGAGACUGGUGCUGUAGUCAGAUGGAUCAACAGGGGGACGAGGGCCAGGGAUGGGGCUUGGCAGAGCACUGACCUGGCUCAUGCGAGGGCCUGGCUUCAGUCCCCAGCACUGGGAAAUAGGAAGAAGCGGCAAAGGAAACUGUAGAAAGGUCUGUCUGUUGUGGUUAACUCUCCACCCAGCCAGGGUAGGAGUGUUUUUCAAAGAGUUUAGGCUAUAGUUUCAAAGAACAAAAUAUAAAAAUACUAUCUGACAAGGCAAAUAGUCAAUUUUCUCAAAAUUACACGGAGAUGAUCACUUAUAUCUUGAAAAAUCUGUAUAGAAUAUACCCGAAUUUCUCCAGCCUCCUAGGCAUUUUCAUGAGACCUUCCCUCUGAUAAGGGUCUUUCCUCUUCAGUGCUGUCUCCAUCCUCCAGCUGACAAUGAGGGACGCACUCCGUUUCUCUGCUGCUCUGGUUCUCUUCUGUGUCUGCUGAGCUUUCUAGGCUGUUUGUAAAAUAUGGGAAAACACGCUUCUAAACCCGGUACUUAGGUCAUGCUGGAUGUGUUUGCUACCUUAUUAGAAGUUAGUGGGGGAGGGGCGGCCUGUCUUUUUAUAUGAUUUUUAGCCAAAUCCAGAUGUUCCGAUACUGUUUCUGUCUGUAAGUACGGCCUGCAGAGGUUCAGGUGGAGAGAGACAUUUUCUGAGACUGUUCCUCAGCCAUGCUCCUUGCCAGCUUUUGGCCCACUGUACAUAGAUUUGUCAAAUGUUUCAAUGAUGUUGUUUUUCUAAAUGCUGUUCCUAACACAUUUUUUAAAUUUUUUUUGUCCUUUAUUGUUCUGGACUUUGUGUUUUACAAAAUGUUUCCUAAAAUUUAACACCAGGAAAAAGUAUUUUAAAAUAAACUGGUGCUAAUUGGAAAAGAAGAAAAUUUUUCAGUUUCAAGAUUUACAAAAGAAAAUGUUCACACCAGUUAAACUGCACUUUCCCAAGGGGACGGCUGCUGCCCACUUACAGAGGGCAUCCAGAGGACCAGCAGAAGUUCAUAGUAUUGCUGGCCCGUUGUGUGUCCCCCAGAGAGGAGGACUUGCUGGGUGGUCCUCAAAGCAUGUUUUAGAGGGGAAGGUGUAGAGUAAGAACCCUCUAGAAAUAGUCUUCUGGUCUUUGGACUUUCAUGUUCUGUAAUGCUUAGCUGUAACAAUUACUAUGGUGUUGCCAAUCUUGUCUGACGUCAUCGUCAACCUGUACUGACUCUGUGUAUGGUUCUACCCUUGGCUUGCACUGGCACAAACCAAGCCAGAAUACGGGUCUUUCAGUAAGACCCUUCUGAUUUAUACGGUGUCCACACUCAUGAAUUUAGAUGCACUUGUAACUGGUUAAUCACCACGAAGUAAG